GUUAAUUCUGUGGCCUCCUCCCAUUUAUCAUGAAUCAAACAGCCAUGAACAUGGCUGUGGAACAAGAAUGGAGUUCCUAAUUUGUGAAAUAUGCCCUCCAAUGGCGACCAACUCAAGAAUCGGGCUGCGAAAAGGCUCUGCAUUAGGAAUACACGCUUAAGCGCUAGUGCAUGGAAUUGAAGUAUUACGAGAAUAUUCGAAGUCAGUGGCGGGUAUUUUUCUUCUCCAAUUGAUAUAUUAUUUCAAUCCCUAAUGAUUUGUAGAAAGCAUUUGAGUUUUCUUCUGGACUUUCACUUAUGUACCGCUAUGGGCGAGGCAUUCGCCUUCUUAGUUCAGCUUCAACAAGUAGAAAAAUCAAUUGGGACCCGACUGUGGCUCUUAAACUUAAUCACCCAUCUCUUGUUUUUCUUGAAAAGUGCAAUUCGAGAUUCCAAUUUAAGCAGAUUUUGGGGCAUAUGAUGAGAAACAAUCUGAUGGGUCAAACAUUUCCCAUGAGUAGGCUUCUCUUUUUCUCAGCUGUUUCACAUCCUGAGAAUCUGGACUUGGCAAUACUUUUGUUUUAUCACUUCACUCCUUUUCCCAAUCUUUAUAUAUACAACACCAUGAUCUUAGGAUUGUCGUUUUCAACUGAGAAGGCCUUUGGCAUUUAUGGUUCCAUGCUCCAAAGUGGCACUUGCCCAGAUAGGCAAACUUUUCUUUACCUUCUUCAGACUACCAAAUGUGUUGCUGAAGUUAAACAGAUUCAUUGCCAUGCCUUUAUUGUUGGUCUGCUGCCAGAGGAAGAAUACCUGCAAAACUCACUUAUCAAAAGGUAUAUAGACAAUGGAUGUUUUGGCCCUGCUCGCCAGGUGUUUGAUGAAAUGUUGAAUCGGGAUGUCGUCUCCUACAAUAUCAUGAUCGUUGGUUUUGGUAAAAUGGGAGACAGUUUGGGGGCUUUGGAACUGUUCCAUCAUAUGGGGUCUUAUGGUCUUGAACCUGAUGAUAUCACCAUGUUAGGCCUUCUCUUGUCGUGCGGGCAGUUGGGAGAGGCGAAGUUGGGAAAAUCUGUUCAUGCUCAGAUUGAGAAGUCCAGUGGUCCUUCAAACUUGAUAUUAUACAAUGCCCUUCUGGAUAUGUAUGUGAAAUGCAAUGAAUUGAAGCUGGCCCGACGAGUGUUUGAUGUUCAGUUGGAGAAGGAUACGGUUUCGUGGAACACGAUGAUUGCAGGAUAUGCCAAGGUAGGUGAAUUGGAACUUGCCUGCGACGUUUUUAACCAACUUCCUACAAGAGAUAUUGUCUCCUGGAACUCUUUAAUUUCAGGUUACGUGCAGAAGGGUGAUUAUGUGAUGGUUAAAAUUUUGUUUACUCAUACGUUUGCCGAGAAUGUUAAACCCGACGAGGUAACGAUGGUUAACUUGAUCUCUGCUGUAGCAGAAAUUGGAGCUUUAGAUCAGGGGAGAUGGAUCCAUGGAUUAGCAGUGAAAAUGCAGACAAUAAUAGAUGCAUUUCUGGGUUCGACAUUGAUUGAUAUGUACUGCAAGUGUGGAAGCAUCGAAAGAGCUUCCAUUGUGUUCAAGCAAAUUUCUAAAAAAGAUGUUACAACAUGGACAACAAUGAUCACUGGAUUGGCCUUUCAUGGGUAUGGAAGAAAAGCUUUGGAACUAUUCUCCAAUAUGCAACCCGAAACAAAGCCUAACGACGUAACAUUCAUUUCAGUUCUCACAGCUUGCAGCCAUAGUGGAUUUGUUGAUGAAGGGCUCAAAAUAUUUCACAACAUGAAGAAAGUAUACAGUAUUGAACCGGGAGUUGAACAUUAUGGAUGUUUGGUCGAUCUCUUAUGUCGGUCGGGUAGGCUGUUGGAUGCUAUUGAUGUGAUUGAAAAUAUGCCUAUGGAACCUAGUCAAUCUGUCUGGGGUGCAGUAUUGAGUGCAUGUAGGACACAAGGGAAUAUGAAACUAGCAGAGAGAGCUUUGACAGAGCUGCUCAAGUUAGAGCCCGAGAAAGAGGGCGGAUACAUUUUGUUAUCAAACAUAUAUGCGACGUGUGGGAGGUGGAGCUAUUCCGACAACAUUAGAGAAGUGAUGAACAGUAAAGGAGUGAAAAAGAUUGCAGGCUGUAGUAGUGUGGCGGUCGAUGGGAUUGCCCAUGAAUUUACGGCUGCAAAUAAGCAGCAUCCAAGAUGGAUGGACAUCUGCUCAAUGCUGAGCUUUCUAACAAGUGAAAUGAGGUUGGGAGCUGAUGUUCUAUCACAAGCAUGCUUGACUUCAAGUUGAAAUUUGUAAGGUUUGGAGAACUCUAUGAAAGUCGGGGUUAGACCCUGAUGAAUGCCUAUAUGAGAUUUAAUAUCGUAUAAGUUUCCUUGACAAUCAAAGAAUCGGUCUCAGCUAGAAUUCUAUCUUUGGAACUAUCCUCCUCUAAGUUAACAGCUAGCCACCCCUCUCUCGCCAAGAAACCUUAUGGUUUGUAUACUACUGUGCUCAAAAGAGCCACUCUUUGAAGGGUUACUCCACCUCACUUGGACUAAUACUUCGUGCUAUAGAAGGAUUCUGUAGCUACAAAAUUUUUAUGGUUUUUUAUUUUGAGGGUUCAACAAACAUGUGAAGAAGAGAUUUGAACUUUACCUUUAGUAUGUAACAAUUU